UUUCGCUUACAUGGCCAUUGAAAGUUUGCCGGGCAAUCAAUUUUGGGAGAGAAUAUUGCUACUAUUCACUGCACCAAGCAGAAGAUACAAAGUUCUAGAGGAUUAUCACGCCACUUUUGUAGAGACUGUGCCUUUCAAGAGCAUAGUGACAUUCACAAUAUUCCAAACACUAUACUUGCUUGCUUGCUUUGGCAUUACGUGGGUUCCAAUCGCGGGGCUCCUUUUCCCUCUUUUGAUCAUGCUUUUGGUUCCUGUGAGACAAUACAUAUUGCCUAAGUUUUUCAAAGGGGUACACCUUCAAGAUUUAGAUGCAGCAGAUUAUGAAGAGUCGCCAGCUAUACCAUUCAAUCUUCCUACGGAGGGUGAAUUUGGUUCAAGACCUUCCUAUGCAGGAAGUGGGGAAAUUUUAGAUGAGAUGAUUACCAGAAGCAGGGGUGAAGUCAAACGCAUUAACAGUCCGAAGAUCACAAGUUCAACAGCAACUCCAAUAAGAGAUUCCAAGCUCCUUCAAAGCCCACGCGUUCCAGAAAAAGCAUACAGUCCACAGAUUAGCAAACUGAGAAGUCCCCUUUCUGGCGGAAGAGGGCCUUUCAGUCCGAGGACNUAGUCCUAGGAAUGGAGAACCAAAGCCAUCCAAUUUGGGCAUGAGUCCUCGGACAUCAGCUUCUAACGACUAAGAGACAAUUGACUUCCUAUCAUUAAGCUAGUUGAUAUGCCUAAAGCUUUGUAUUUCCAUUUGUUUGUCUCCCUUUCCUGCAUUUUAAGCGAUGCAUUUGGAAAUGUACCUGUAACAUUAGCCGAGUAUUGAUGUCUUAGAAUGAUAAUAGUUGGGAAGUGUUUGUUUGUUCAUAUAUUUUGGAGAUAAUAUUAAUAAUAGCAGCUAAAGUGUAUUUAUCCAUA